AAGCAAUUUUGGCGUUGGCCAAUGGAACAUGGAUCCCGCAACCUAUGGUAUCGUACCAUAUACAACUCGUUACCAACUGCCGAGCGUCUGUUCCGUCUGGGUCUGCAGGAUCUUACCAGUGCUACAUGCCGCUUAUGCAAUGACGAUAUUGAUACUCCUGCACACUUGCUAGUGCUUUGUCGCCACCGCCAUUCCGUAUGGAACCUUAUCUGGGGACAACACUACUACCGAGCUGCAUACUGAUCGCCUUAUACAUUUUCUUCGGACGCUCUCGUGGCCUGACUACCAUUCUCCACCAACACACCAUUCGCGCUAUGCUCCCACUCUCAUCGCCUGCACUAUGGGAGGUAUUUGGGCGGCGUACUGGCAACUCAUCUUUGAUGAUAUCCCAUACACUAUGGCAAG